GAACUUUUUAAGUUAGGUAAAAUCUCGCGAAUUUUUCUUCAGCGUUUAGGACAACUUCAAGGAUUUCGUGUGAGACUUCACAGAACUUCGAAAGUUCCGUGCGACACCGCAAAAAGGUUUCGAUUUGGUUACAAAAAUCUGAAACCUUUUAGGUUUCGUAGAGUACCUUUUUUUCUGUGAAACAUGAUCUCAAAGGAGUGUUGAAGUGUUUAGGGGUAGAAAUUUCCAUCCCAUCCCCUCCCCACACAGACCGUGACAGACAUGACUUUAGAUCCGUGACGGACCGUGACAGAGGGAACUUUGGAGUCAUUACAGACCUUGACUGGCAGGAUUUUGACCCUGUGGCGGACGGUUCUCAGGAGUCAUUAUAGACUGUGAUAAAGGACUUCAAGGAAAUAUCACAGAUGAUGCAAAAGUCACAUAUGACUGAAGCAGAUAUGAAAUAUUAUCCUGUUGAAAUUAUAUAAUUCAGGAUAAACCAUUAUGAAGAACUGUACAUCAGCAUGUAUAAAAAGCAAUAGUUUUUAGUACAUCAGCUAUAGUAACUAUAUCGUGUUUCACAUUUUUAAUCUCGUAAGGGAUUGCAUUAACAGCUUUUUCAGUGUAUAGUUGAUUGUUUUUGACUCUUCUGCAUCUCCUGAGAAUUUUAUCUUGAAUAUCGUUGCAUUGUUUGUUAGUAACAUCUAAAAACAAAGUAUCGUGCUGGAUCUCUCUUAAUGCAAUUUCAAGAACCAUUUUUAAAGUGCUAUCGGAAAAGUCCAAAACUUGAAAUCGUUUUGGACAGAAAUGCAGAACUGAAAAGUUUCCGAUGCCGUGGACAGAACUUUAUAAAAGAUUCUUAAAAUUUUACCUAAAUUCAAGAUCUCAAGUGUUUUGGGCCUUCUCCAAAACCAUAAACGAUUCCAUAUGGCACCGUUUUUGAGAGUACAGAUCUUCAAACCAUAUCACAUUUUGGUUCGAGACCUUGUCGAGAGAGCGGAUAUUAUAGUACUCCAUUGGUAUUAAUUGAUUAUUUAUGUCCUCAGGUUAUUGGUAUCAUGGCAAUUGAGAUGAUUGGUGCUGUCUAUUGUCCAUUACCGCCUCAAAGUCCCAAUCAACGUUUAUCGUUGCUGAUCGAACAAACUGGAAGUCGUCUUAUAAUCAUUCAUUCUAUGACACGUGACAGAUUCAAUACAGGUAUCACCAUGGUAGACAUUGAUGUGGUUAUAAAUGAGAAUGGUGUAGGAUGUGGUUCUGAUUCCGGUCUUGUAUUGUCUUCAAUGGUGACACCGAAUUGUGUCGCAGGUAUUGUUUUCACCAGUGGAUCAACGGGCAUACCAAAAGCAGUGAGUUCGUUUACUUUUAAUCACUAA